AAAAUAUUUAUGUACCCCUUCAUCUCUUCUCUCUCUAAAAAUCUCUCUUUCUCUCUCUAAACUACACAGUACCCUAGAGACAUUUCUCCUCCUACAAAACCCCUCAUCACUCACCUCACCACAGCAGUCUCUUCAACCAAAACAUUGAGACACUACUUUUUUCCCUGUAAUAUAAACUUUGGUCAUUUUCUAUCAAAACUACCUAUUUUUUCAUUCUUUUUGUGAUUCAUUUGUUUUUUCUUGCUUUGUUUUUUGUUCUAUUUUGAUUCAUCAAAAAUCUGUUCUUUCAUCUAUCAAUCAAAUCUCUUAAAUACCCAGAAAAGAAAAACUCUUAAAUUUAUCAUUUUUCUUCAGAUUUCAGUAGAUGCAACUAGGGAUUCAUUAAAUUUUAGAGAGAGAAAGUGUGAGUUUUAGAGAGAGAAGUUGAAGGUUGAAGAACAAGAAGAAGAACAUCAACUAUAUAAAAAUGGCACCCAGUUUAGAUUAUGCAGUUUCAAACCUUUUGUGUGCAGAGGAUAACACAACCAUUUUUGAUGAAGUUGAUGAUUUUGAGAUUUGUAACUGGCAACAUGGAAAUCCAAGAAACUUUAUUAAUAAUAAUCAUCAAGAACACAACUUUGUUGGUCAAGAGUUUAACUUAUUUUCUCUGCCAACUGAUGAAUAUUUGGCUUCCAUGUUAAACAGAGAAAAUCAAUUUUUUCUUGGUAUUGAUUAUUUAAAGAGAUUGAGAUGUGGAGAUUUAGAUUUGGGUGCUAGAAAUCAAGCUAUUGAUUGGAUUCAUAAGGUCCAAUCACACUACAAUUUAGGCCCUCUUUGUGUUUAUCUAUCUGUAAACUAUUUGGAUCGCUUCCUUUCGGCAUAUGAACUACCUAAUGGAAAAGCAUGGAUGAUGCAAUUGCUGGCUGUUUCUUGUGUAUCUAUAGCGGCCAAAAUGGAAGAAACUGAUGUCCCCCUUUCCAUAGAUCUACAAGUGGGUGAUAGUAAGUUUGUAUUUGAAGCAAAAACCAUUCAAAGAAUGGAGCUUUUAGUGAUGAGCACAUUGAAGUGGAGAAUGCAAUCAGUGACACCAUUUUCUUUCAUAGACUAUUUUCUUUAUAAAUUAAGUGGGGAUCAAAUGCCACCAAGAAGUCUAAUUUCACAGGCUAUACAACUUAUUAUAAGCACAAUCAAAGGGAUUGACUUGAUGGAAUUCAGACCUUCUGAAAUAGCAGCAGCAGUGGCAAUCUUUGUAACACAAGAAACCCAAAUAGUAGAACUCACUGAUAAAGCAUUCUCUUUUCUUAGUGAUCAUGUAGAAAAGGAAAGGAUGAUGCAGUGUGUUGAAUUUUUGCAUGAUUUGAGAAUGAACAGUAGAUAUAAUGGGGCAAGUGGAUUAGCUUUAACAUCUGUGCCUCAGAGUCCAAUUGGGGUGUUGGAUGCAUGCUUAAGCUAUAAGAGUGAUGAAGCAUCAACACCUUCUGGGUCUUGUGCAAAUUCUGCUCAUAGUAGUCCAGCUCAAGUUCCAGCUCCCAAGAGAAGGAAGUUAGACAGGACCUAAUUUUAGACCUUUAGGAGAGGGAGAAAAAAAGAGGAGUUUUUUUUAAAAUUAGUAUAAUUAACUUAUUUUUUUGUCUUUUUUGGGUGUGUUUAUGAUAAUACAUUUAGUACAAAGAAAAUAGAAACCAAAAAAAAGAAAUUGUUUGGAAAAAAUUUCAGUAUAAGUGAGGUUCAAUAAUAACUCAAGCCUAUAUGAUGAUGAUCUCUUGGA